AUGUUCCUUACACUAGCUCUAUGUUUUCUGCAGUGGGUGGAAUCGGUACUGGCGGAACGAAGAGAAGCGAGAGCGCCGGGAGGUCUGUCGGCGCUGCACGUGGCGGCGGCUGUGGGACACCCCGAGGUGGUGCAGCUGCUCAGCCGGGGCCUGGCGGUGCACGGCCACGACGACUGCGGCUGGACGCCGCUGCUCUACGCCGCCGCCUGCGCGGACGCCGGCCGCCGCCGGCACACGGUGCGGGCGCUGCUGGAAGCGGGCGCCGACGCGGGCUACGAGGCGCCCUCUGGCGACUCGGCGCUCUCCCUCGCGGCGUUAGCCCGGCGUCUGGACGUGGUGACGGAUCUCGCCGGGCCAAUGUUGCUGUACAAGCCUCAGAGUGGCUGGACCUACUUACACUGGGCCAUCCAUUCCAGAAACGUCCAGUCCUCUCGUGCUGGGCCCCUAGCUACAUCAGGCAGACCCAUGUCUAUCAUGGUGAAGUCCGUGGAGCAACCUUCGCAGCUCUCCGACACUUCUACCGCCGCCCCUCGUAGUGAAUCGCGUAGGAGACGCCGCUCGCCCCUGGAUGCAAUCGCGCCUGAUGCUCCGCCCACCUCGCUGUGGGCGAAGUACCGCUUGCAUCGAGCCAACCGCCACAAAUCGCCGGUGGAUACCACCUUCACUGAAACUUAUCACCGUGAUCACAGUGACGACUGCCCACCGUCCCGUGUCAGGGACCGUUCUUCCGUGUCGUCGUCGUCCAACGACUCACCUGACCGCUUAGUAAUCAGAGCGCUGAUCGCCGCUGGCCACAAGGUGUCGAUCAAAGACAAACAGGGCUCGACAGCUCUGCACCUCGCAGCAGAAGAAUUCUAUGUAGAGGGUGCGCGUAUCUUGCUGGAAGCUGGAGCCAAAAUCGAAAAAAAGGACCAAUCGGAUCACACGGCGCUCGUACUUGCUGCGCAGAGAGGGCAGGGAGAGAUGGUAAAGUGCCUAAUGGGUCAUAAACCAGAUCUUAAGAAAACUAAUUUCAUUAGUUGGACGGCAUUACACUAUGCAGCCCGUAAUGGACCACCAGAGGUGGUGAAGUACCUUAUAGACCAAGGAGCAGACGUUAAUGUUCGUGACUUGAACGGCUGGAAACCAAUACACGUGGCAGCUCGUUAUUCUGAUGAUGAGGUGGUCGCUGCCCUUUUGAGUGGUGGGGCAGACCGCACGGAGACGCUGCCCCACGUAGCGUCGCCGCUGAGACUGGCGGUGGUGGCGGCGCAGCCGCGCUCCGUGAGGCGGCUGCUCGCCGCGGGCGCCGAGCCCGCCGACGACUGCCUGCUGGCGCUGGCCACCAGCGACGACUGCAACGACGUCGACGACGCGGCCAGGCCCGAGGUGGCGCGCAUCCUGCUGGCUGCCGGCGCGCGCGCCGACCCUGCCACCGCGCAGGAGGCGCGCAAGCGCGGGUUCGCGCUCCUCGCCGCUACCAUAGAGGCGGCUGCCCGCUGA